CUUCUGGUAAGAAGCCCCGUGAUCAGCUCUAGCCACUGGCAGUCCAUCCAUCCUUGGAGCUUACAUAAAGGGCCGUGGACGCUGAGACACCACAGAGCUGACACUGUAGGGUUCGUUUGGAGCACUGGGCCUCCCGGGCACCAUGGCUUUGUCCUUGCAUGCCCAGAGUUUAAUUCUCUGCUUCUGCACUCUGUUAUUGCUGUCUCCAACAUGCAUGGCAUAUGUGGCUACCAGAGACAACUGCUGCAUCUUAGAUGAAAGAUUUGGUAGUUAUUGCCCAACUAUGUGUGGCAUUGCAGAUUUCUUGUCUACUUACCAAACCAAUGUAGACAGGGAUCUGCAGUCUUUGGAAGACAUAUUACACCGAGCUGAAAACAAAACAUCAGAAGCCAAAGAAUUGAUCAAAUCAAUCCAAAUCAGCUAUAAUCCUAGUGAACCAACAAGACCAAAUACAAUAGACAGCGCUACUCAGGAUUUCAAGAAAAUGUUAGAAGAAAUUAUGAAAUAUGAAACACUGAUUUCAACACAUGAAUCAAGUAUUCGAUUUUUGCAGGAGAUGUAUAAUACAAAUAAUCAAAAGAUUAUGAACCUGAAACAGAAGGUAGCCCAGCUUGAAGCACAGUGUCAGGAACCCUGCAAAGAUACAGUCCAAAUACACGAUGUGACUGGGAAAGAUUGUCAAGAUGUUGCUAACAAAGGAGCUAAAGAGAGUGGGCUUUACUUUAUCAAGCCACUGAAAGCGAAGCAGCAGUUCUUAGUCUACUGUGAAAUUGAUGAAUCUGGAAAUGGGUGGACUGUGAUUCAGAAGAGACUUGAUGGCAGUGUGGAUUUCAAGAAAAAUUGGAUUCAAUAUAAAGAAGGGUUUGGACAUCUGUCUCCUACUGGCACUACAGAGUUUUGGCUGGGAAAUGAGAAGACUCAUUUGAUAACUACACAGUCUGUCAUUCCAUAUGCAUUAAGAGUGCAAUUAGAAGACUGGAAUGGCAGAACCAGUACUGCAGACUAUGCUACAUUCAGGGUGGGAGCUGAAGCUGACAAAUAUCGCCUGACAUAUACAUACUUCCUUGGUGGAGAUGCCGGAGAUGCCUUUGAUGGCUAUGAUUUUGGUGAUGAUCCAAGUGACAAAUAUUUCACCUCCCACAAUGGCAUGCAGUUCAGUACCUGGGACAAUGACAAUGAUAAGUUUGAAGGCAACUGUGCUGAACAGGAUGGAUCUGGUUGGUGGAUGAACAAGUGCCAUGCUGGCCACCUCAAUGGAAUUUAUUACCAAGGUGGCACUUACUCAAAAGCAUCUACUCCUAAUGGUUAUGACAAUGGCAUUAUUUGGGCCACCUGGAAAUCACGGUGGUAUUCCAUGAAGAAAACCACCAUGAAGCUAAUCCCACUCAACAGAAUUGCCAUUGGAGAAGGACAGCAACAUCACUUGGGGGGAGCCAAACAGGCUGGAGACGUUUAAAAGACCGUUUGAAACGUGGUUUGCUUUUUUAAAGGACUUUAUCUGAACAGAGAAAUAGAAUAUUUUUCCUAUGGGACAAUGGACUUGCAAAAUCUCACUUCAUUUUAAGAGUAAAAAGAACCCAUGUUGAAAACUCCACUAACAGUUUUAUGCUGACAAUAAUUUAUCUACAUGCCAUUUCAAUAAACAUCUUUUUUUCCUAAGAC